CCCAUCUCACUUAAAGUCUCUGGUCUCAAAUGGGGAAUUGUGUAAGAAGCAAUCUAAGAGACUUCAGAGCAAGACGAUCGAUGGAUCCUCGGAUAUGGCACAAAGUCGCCGCAGUUUCCGGUAUGGCUGCUCUUGGUUUAGGAACUUACGGUGCUCAUGGCUUUAAACCUGAAAACCCAUCUUACAAACAGGUGUGGCAAACGGCUUCUCUUUACCAUUUGGUUCACACUGCUGCUCUUGUUUCUGCUCCUACCACCAAAUAUCCCAACAUUUUUGGUGGCUUGUUGACUGCUGGGAUUGUAGCGUUUUCCGGCACGUGUUAUAUGGUAGCGUUGCGUGAGGACAGAAAGUUUUCUACCAUGGCACCAUUCGGAGGCUUUGCGUUCAUUGCCGCAUGGGCAACCCUGCUUUUCUAAACAAUCUCAAAACCAUCUAUAUUGUUAAGUUGUGGUCAAGCCUCAUUGUUUAUAUUGGUUAAUGCAAUUCUGUGUUGACUACCGUAAAACAUCUUCCUUUACUUCUUCACUUUGUUGCUAAAGGGAUUAUGUAAAGAGAAAUGACCAGAUUAAUGUAAUAUUAUUACCAUACAAUUUAUCAAAAUUCUACAUUACAAAACAA